CCUACCGUACGGUAUUGCUCGACCGUCCAUAAAGGGCUCAUUGAUCCCGAGAUGGCCACCUUCGCGGCCCAAUGCGAGACAAGCCAACAACCCACUCGGACGACGCGUUUUUUUUCUUUCUUGCUUUCUUUCUUUCUUCCGGUCUCUCCGAGACGUCGUCAAUUCGGCGUGGCUUUUCUCCUCCUCGGAAGUGCAGAUUUCGGAGGAUAUCUUUUAUUGGGUGAGCUUGAUGAGCUUUUCCAAAUUCAACCGGCGAAUGGAAGUGCUGAUGCUGAUGCCGAUUUUCGGGGAUACCUUGUGUUGGGUGGGUUUGAUGAGCCUUCCAAGUGGGCGAAUAGAAAUGGUGCUGAUGCCGAUGGCUAUGGUCUCUUUACUAUUCUACUCUACCGGAGUAUGUAUAUGGUUUGUGCGGAAUACAUAGCUAUGUACCGUACAUAGAUGGUCGGGCCAGGUACUCCACCGUACCUCGCAACAUGGUUCAGCUUCCCAGACACCACUUUCCCGGCGACCUAAAUGUGGUUCUGCUAUCUCCGAUCCACCUGGAACCUGUGGGCUUUCUCCGCGGCAGUCCCCCCGGGCUCUACCCCCCAGUUCCUACAAGGCUGAGCCACAUUAGGUUCCUGGUAACGAGCUCCUGCCAUACCCAGACCCACCCAGACCCACCCCAAGGAUUUCCCGGUAUGUAGGCCAUCCAUCUGAAGCUCCUAUGAUAGGGUAUGGCAAGGGCACUGCUCCAGUGGUGGUGGUGGUGGUGGUGGUGGUGGGGAACCAUAUAGACGCCUCGCGAAAGGGCGCACCGGUGGGAGGGGUGGGGACAUCAAGUU